UCCGACUAGCGCCUUCUACCGUCCAGUGACCUCACAAUCACGAUUGUCAAAAAACAUGGUUUUACAUGUCUAGUACGGUUUCUGUUCAAAUCAAACGACUUGAACUUCCAAAUCUCAUGCAGUACAGUUACAAAGCUACAAAUAGGUGAAAGUGAGAGCUCAACAACAAUUGACGUGUACUUCUUCACUUGAGAUUCGAGUUCUUCACCCACUUUUUAUGCUAAAAGAAAAGUACAACUACAAGUCGACAUGAUUUUACACGUCUAGUACCUGUUCUGUUCAAGCUGGAUUGGAAACAAUGUCAAACAACCAACCUUGUACCAUAGCUGGAAUAUCCCCUUUUCAACAACAAAAAAAGGGUGAAUCAUUCCCUUGUUUUUAUCUUUAAGAUAAACAUAAAAAAUUCAGAUUGGUUAGCUGUAAUAGGAACUUAAAACAAAGAUGGGUUUGAUCUCAUCGACAUCGUUUAGAAAUCUGCUGCUGCUGACAUUUGCUCAGAGUUGCAGAGAAUGGAGUUUUCUUUGUUGUUCAUUGCACCAAUACUAUUGUUUGGCUCUGUUGCAGCUCAAGUUGAUACUCUUGUUGGCUUUAAUGGAGAUGAGAGAGAUGCCCUUUAUGCAUUGAAGGCAACUUUCAAUAACUCUUUCCUUAACAGAAACUGGACUGGAACUCACUGCCACAAUAAUCAACCUCCUCUUUGGUUUGGCCUUCGAUGCGUCGAUGGCCGAGUCACGGCGCUAUCAUUGGAUAGUUUAGGAUUGGUGGGGAAUAUGAAUGUCAAUGCAUUAAGUAAGUUCACUGAAUUGUCUGCAUUAAGCUUGAAGAACAAUUCCUUAUCAGGAAAUGUAUUCGAUUUCUCUUCCAACAAGAAGAUGAAGGCUAUAGAUCUAUCAUCCAAUGCGUUUGAUGGGCCAAUUCCGCUUUCCCUUGUGAGUUUGAGUUCAUUGGAAUCAUUGCAGCUUCAAAACAACAGGCUUACAGGUUCCAUACCUGAACUCAAUCAGUCUUCCUUAACAGUAUUCAAUGUCUCAAACAACAAUCUCAGUGGUUCAAUUCCAAGAACAAAGGCUCUUCAGUCGUUUGGCUCGGACUCCUACCGUGGCAAUCCCGGACUCUGCGGUCCGCCCUCUGAUGCUGUCUGCAACUCAAUCAUAAAAGGGUCAAAUAACACAGCAGCACCUCCUGAUACUAACAAAGCCACAGAAGAGAAUUCUUCUUCCAAGCCUCGUGUCACUUUGUUGCUAGUUCUUGUUGUUGUACUUUUUUUUGUUGCUAAUUUAUUGCUGCUCCUUCUCUACUUCAAGAAACAUCUGGAGAUAAAGGAGCUCAUAAAGAAGCUAGAAACUAAUGAAACAAAGGAGAAGAACAACGAAAACAUGACUGAUAUCUCAAUCCAGAACCAAGGGCCUGCAGCAGAUGGAGGAGGGAAGCUCAUCUUCAUGGAGGAAGGAGAAAAUUUCCAACUUGGAGAUCUUCUGAAAGCUUCAGCUGAGGGACUUGGUAAGGGGAUAUUUGGAAAUAGUUAUAAGGCUAUGCUUGAAGGCAGGUCGCCAAUCGUUGUGAAGCGGCUUCGAGAUCUAAAACCUUUGAGCGUCGAUGAAUUCAUGAAGCAAGUACAACUUAUUGCCAAGAAAAGGCAUCCAAAUUUGCUUCCACUUGUUGCCUAUUUCUACACCAAAGAAGAGAAGCUUUUGCUCUAUAAGUAUGCAGAAAAAGGGAACUUGUUUGAUAGAAUCCAUGGAGGCAGAGGUGUGAGCAGAGUUCCAUUCAGGUGGAGUUCAAGAUUGAUUAUUGCUCAAGGAGUGGCAAGAGCUUUGGAGUUUCUCCAUCUCAAUACCAAGCCAAAUAGCAGCAUUGUCCCACAUGGAAACUUAAAAUCUUCAAAUGUCUUACUUGGUGAGAAUGAUGAGGUUCUUGUUUCAGAUUAUGGCUUUGCUUCACUUGUAGCCCUUCCCAUUGCAGCUCAACGCAUGGCUUCAUACAGAUCACCUGAAUAUCAACAAAUGAAAAGAGUGUCAAGAAAAUCAGAUAUUUGGAGCUUUGGCUGCCUUCUCAUUGAACUUUUGACAGGAAAAAUCUCAUCUCACUCAUCACCAGAAGAAUCCCAUGGCAUUGAUUUAUGUGCUUGGGUGAAUAGAGCAGUUAGAGAAGAAUGGACAGCAGAAAUAUUUGACUCAGAAAUAGCAUCACAAAGGUCUGCCAUUCCAGGAAUGCUGAAUCUAUUACAGAUUGCAAUACGUUGUUCUAAUAUUUCACCUGACAAACGACCAGAGAUGACUGAAGUUGUAAAAGAAAUUGAAAGCAUAAAACUUACAGAAAAUGGAGAAGAAUAUAGCUCUUCCUUUGAUCGAUCCUUAACAGAUGAUUCAAUGUCCACUGUUGGCUCAGGCAUUGCAAUGGACGAGAGAUGAAAGAUGCAACUACUUUCAAUCCAAGACUUCAAAACCCAUCUUGAAUUUCCAAAAUCAUUUGCUUCUACUUUGUUGGAAUAAUCAAAUAAUGCUCUAAUUGGAGCAUUUUUGUAAUAUAUAAAACU